AUGCUUCACUCUCCAAAAUGUCUGUGCCUCACAUCUGAGCCAGACUUUCAGGCCCAAACUGAGAUACAGGGCCUGGCGGUGGCCCGUGUUCUCAUAGCUGAGGAGGAGGAGGAGGAGGACACUUCCUCCUCUUGCUCUUUCAAUUUCUCCUAUCCCUCCACCUCCUCCUCCCUGCCUUCCUCUCUUGUGACCCCGGUUUCCAAAGAGGAGAAGGAGGUGGAGGAGGAGGAGCCUAAGAAGGAGCCCGCCACAACAUUGAGUCCUCCCCAGAACCCUCAGAGCCCCUGCUUCUUCUCUGUAACAUGGAGCACAUCAGAAGGAGGCUCCAAUAGCCAAGAAGAAGAAGAUACAAGUUUCCCGCAGACCUCAACAGACACCGAAUCUUUGCCCACAGACCCACUAGAUGAGAAGGUAGCUGAUUUAGUGAAUUUCAUGAUCCUUAAGUACCGAUUGCAGGAGCCCGUCACACAGGCAGAAAUGCUGAUGGUUAUCAUGAAAAGGUACAGGAAACAUUUCCCUGUGAUCUUUAAUAAAGCUUCUAAGUGUUUAGAGGUGAUCUCUGGCAUUUAUGUGAAGGAAAUGGACCCCACCAUCCACUCCUAUGUCCCUGUCAACUCACUGGACCUCCUUACCCGUCAUAAGAUGCUUAGUGACAACCAGAACAUGCCUGAAAACAAUCUCCUGAUAAUCAUCCUGGGUGUGAUCUUCAUGGGGGGAACAGUGUCCCUGAGGAAGACAUCUGGGAUUUCCUGA